AUGGCUAAUCCUGAAGUAACACACGAUGAGAAGAUCCGACGUCGCCUGGAAGUGUUGUACACACGCCAGACCCGUGAGAAACAGAUUUUUAUGGAAGAACUCAAGGAGUAUCGUAGACGUAAAGAUAAACAAAUGCUUCAUAGCAUGAUAGUUGAAGUAGGCCCUAAGUGGUAUCAAGCUUUAAGUGUACCGCAACGAACAGCGUUGGACACAUUAGAAUUCGCUAUAUAUCAAGAUUUACUGGAAGGACGUCCUAAACGUGCCUCGGUUAUCAUGCAUAGGCUUGGACUGGUCCCUCGCCCGAGUAACUCAGAACUCAUGACCUGCAUGCACUUUGGUCGUGAUGAUCCGAAGAAAAUGCUUGCACAUUUAUAUCUUAUAUCAUAUGGCUACCCUAUCGAAGGAAAGCGUGCUUCAUACUGCCUCAAUGCUAGGCUUAUGCUGUCAGCUAUUCUCUAUCUAGGACUUGAUAACUUGUAUGAGUUACUUCAGAAAACAUUUGCUCCAGAGCCAUCCACAGUUGAACCUCCCCCUAAACCGAUUCCGAGGCCACGGCGUAAACUGCCAUCUCCUUAUCUCACAAAAAUGGUUGCUGCAUUAUAUGAACCACGUAAAUUUCGUCGUCCUCCACCCCAACCUUUGCCGAAAUUGACUGAACUUAACGAGCCCUAUGAGGAAGAGCCAAUUAUACCAAGACCUCCGCCCCCACCACCUCCACCACCACCACCUAAGAAGCGACUACCACGAUCAUUUUGCGACGAUCUAGCUGGCGUCGUAACCAUAGGGCCUCAAAUUUCACCCACAAAUGUUCCUGCAAAAAAGACAACCCGAUCUCUCAAUCGUAAAUCAAAAGGAUCAAAAACAAGUCUUCUAGAGACCAGUACUCAUACUCAUAAAAAGAAGUCUUACGGUCUUAAUGCGGGUCGAAAACGCAAAAAACCAAUACGACGAAGGAAGCCAGUGGCUCCAUCGACUGGUUUGGCGAACGCUCAAUAUACAAUUAACGGGGUGUAUACAAUUAAUGGCAAGUCCAUGUUUAUUUUGGGCAGUAUUAGUAUCCUGCCUGCUCAAGGUGAACUCAUACAUGGAGGCUAUAGUACCGUUAAUGGAGUAUGUAUUACCAUACAUUGUGGAUUUCGUGGAUGGCCGCCACCACCGAAACCCGAUCCAUGUGAUUGUAUCAAGAAAUGGCAUGACUCAGUUUUUGAGUACGUUAAAGAACAUAAAUGUUAUUGCGGACACUACUUCGAUUAUGGCAAUGAAGGCACAUUUCCACAAGACGAGUUACCUUAUUUUACUAAACCUACACGCAAUGCCCCAUAUAAAUUUAACUAUGACACUAUAUUUGACCUAGAUCCAAAGAGAUUACACAUUGAAAAAGAAUUCAAGCAGGUUUGGGAGACUGAUAGUAUGUUGCGUACUGACGAGGGCGCUAUCAUAUCACCCGAUAGUAAGAAAAAGAAAAAAAGGAAGGAAAAAGGACCCAAAUUUUCAGAAGCAGAUGGUGUGCAAGAAGAUCCAAAUAAAGUAUCAAAUGAAAAAUAUUUGAAAGCGAAAACAGCAUCUAGGCUAGACGUGCAAAAGAGAGCCGCCGAAGCAGGUGACGACGAUGGCAGAGCUAAAGCAACAAAAGAUAAAAAGACGAAACAAGAAUCCAAGAGGUUUGAUGACACAGAAAGCUCAAAUAAACAAAGAAAAAGUCCUAGCUUAAGAGCUUCCAAUACUUGUUUAGGACUUAACCCGAAGCCUCAAGAUUAUUUGAAGUGCGCGCUCCGAACGAUGCGACAAAGAAACGUUGCAGCGCGAUUACCUGAUCUACAUUUAGUUCCAGAACUUAAAGAAUGGAUGAGACGGAGGCUUUAUGGGAGUUUAACGGGCGAGGAAAAGAAAGAAUUCUUACGUAAAAGUACUACGUAUUGGCGAAUGUUCACAACACUUGGAGAGAAGGGUUUCGGCCAUGUAGCGCCGCCUAAAGAGGCAAAGUACACAGGUCACACCACGUGGAAGUAUAAACAGAGCUUGAACGACACUUUCAGGCAGUACACGUACAGAUACAGGCUUUCCAUGUUCAGGUCACACGCUUAUGUUACGAACUUGCUGUGGCGAUCCAUGUACCAGGCUGAAUUCCCUGAUAAAAAAUUUCGAGAAAUAUACUUUUCUUAUCUAUUUGGCCGAUUAGAAGAUAUCCAAUUAAUUCACCCUUACACUUCAAAAGAAGCUGUAGAGAGAAAAUUAAUAAUAGCAAAAAAACGAUAUAUCUGUCUUCCAGCAGGAUACGAGCCGAGAACAUAA